GUCUCUCGGCUCUUUGCCUGCAGAGGCUGCAGACGCAGAUGCAGGGGUGGCUGAGGCGGACGCAGGAGCGAGAGCGGAGCAGCCGCCGCAGCCCCGGCCCGGCCCCGGCCUUGAAGUCCUGCACCCGCGGGAGGCAGAAAAGGAGCAGGAGGGCGGAGGAGGCGAACUGCCGCGGGCUUCCCCCCACCCCGAACCGCGCGGCCCCCCCCAUCGCGCGGCUGCUUAGGGCGCCUGCGCGAGCUGGGAGCGUGCGCCCACUUCCCCGCCCCGCCUCCUCCCGAGGCGCGCGCCCCGAUGUGCCCCAGGCUCGAGCAGCCGCCGCCCGCGCGCCCAGGGCGUCAUGUUCUGGAAGUUUGACCUGCACACCAGCUCCCAUAUAGACACGCUGCUGCAGAGGGAUGACCUGGCCUUGGCCGAGCUUCUGGACGAGGAGGACGUGCUGCAGGAGUGCAAGGUGCUGCACCCCAAGCUGCUGGACUACCUGCUGCGGCCGGCCCAUCUGCAGGCCCUCGUGGACUGGGUCACGAGGGAGCCCCCGGCCGCCGGCGGCAACGAGCGGCUGCGGUACAAGUACCCCAGCGUGUCCUGUGAGAUCCUGACCUCCGAUGUCCCCCAGAUCAAUGACGCCCUUGGAGAGGAUGAGGCCCUCCUGGGCCGCCUCUACGGCUUCCUGCAGAGCACAGCCCCCUUGAACUCCCUGCUGGCCAGCUUCUUUAGCAAGGUCAUGGGAAUCCUGAUCAACCGGAAGACGGACCAGAUCGUGUCCUUUCUGCGGAAGAAGGCCGACUUUGUACCUUUGUUGCUUCGUCACAUUGGGACGUCGGCCAUCAUGGACCUGCUGCUGAGGCUGCUGACCUGUGUGGAGCAGCCGCCACUGAGGCGGGAGGUCUUUGAGUUCUCUCUCGUCCCUUCUCGUCCUGUAGGAUUGAGAGGGAGAACAAGGUCACGCUUCCUAAUAGCCAAGCUGAUGGCCAAGUGUUCAGAGGUCACAAGCAGCCGAGGCCAGGGUUUGAGACCAGGUCCGAGCGCUCCACGUCUCCUGAGGGACGGCAUAGUGGACGUGAGCCCUGACUUGGCCGUCGCUGGGACACCUUGGCUGAAUGAUGAGAGGAUCGUGCAGCGGCUGGUUGACGUGAUCCACCCGGACGGGGAUGACACUCAACACUCCAACGCGUCCCAGUCCCUUUGUGACAUCAUCCGUCUGAGCCGGGAGCAGAUGCUUCACGUGCAGGACGGCUCUGAGCCCAACCGACUGCUGGCCACGCUGGAGAAGCAGGAGACCGUCGAGCGCCUCCUCAGCAACAUGUUCCAGGGGGCCCAGAGCGAGUCCGUGAUCGUCAGUGGCAUCCAGGUCAUUCUGACCCUGUUGGAGCCUCAGAGGCCCAGGGCAGAAUCCGGAGGUGGGGGCAGCUUCUCCUCCAGUGUGGAUGGCCUGCUGGAGCUGGUGCCCCCGGGGGGCCCCAAGAGCCUCCCGCCCAACCAGGCCAACCUGGGCACGCUGAGAGCCCUGAGGCAGUGGCUUGGCCACUUCCACCAGCUGCUCCUGGAGCCCCCCACACAGGAGACUCUGCGCACGACCUGGGGGAGCCUGCAGCCCCCAUUGGGCAGGAUGCGGCUGCAUGUGGUGAAGCUCUUGGCCAGCGCCCUGAGCGCCAACAACGCGGCCCUGACGGGAGAGCUCCUGGGAAUGGACACUCUGAAUGCUAUGCUGGACCUCUUCUUUACGUACGUGUUCAAUAAUUUUCUGCACUCUCAAGUGGAGACGUGGGUGAGCUGUGUGUUGAGUGCCGCGGCAGCUGGAGAGGAUGGGCCAGAGCUCCUGGUGCCAAAUCCUGCAGUCAGACACUUGCUGCAGAAAUGCCAUCUGGUGCAGAGGAUCUUGGGCGCCUGGGAGGAGAACGACAGAGUGCAGUCGGAGGGCGGCCCGAGGAAGGGCUACAUGGGCCACCUGACGCGCAUCGCCAACGCUGUGGUGCAGAGUGCCGAGGAGGGCCCCAAUGCUGCGCUGGUGGGGCAGCUGCUUCCGGAGCUACUGGGGGAGCAGCAGCAGCUGUGGGAGAAGUUUGUGUCGGGGCCUCUGUCUGAGAUCAACCAGAAGAACAUGGUGGACCUGGUGCCCCAUUAUUCCCUUCGCCACGCCCAGGUCAGCACCCGCAACCUGCACCCCUCCAGCAACGACAAGGACGAGCGUCUGAAGGGCUUUGACUUUCCCCAGGAGGCCGUGCUGCAGCAGGCCUUCGUGGACUUUCAGGUGCAGCAGAUGACCUCAGCCUUUGUGGAGCAUUUUGGUUUCAAUGACGAAGAAUUUGGGGAGCAGGAGGAGAACAUCAACGCCCCCUUUGACAAGACGGCCAGUAUCACCUUCUCCCUCAGUGCAGAUGACAAGAGCCCCAACGCCAGCCUGUUUGAGCUCUGCUGUAAGGAGCGGCUCCAUCAGUUUGACGAGGAUGACGAGGAAGGUCUGGGCUCAGAGGACUCGGAUGGGGAGGAUGCCGUGUGGCAGGCCGGACGGUGGGGCCAGGCCCACAGCGUGUGGAGCAGAGGCAGCACAGACAGCGAGGAGGAGGAGGAGGAGGAAGAUGAGGAAGUCGGUGGGACCAUGGGAGGGCUUAUCCCAUCCUCUUUUAACUUUUCCAACCAGGAGCCUCCUGGGAUGCCUCCCCAGGGGCCGAGGAAGCAUAUCCCUUUCGACUCUGUGCCUAUCGGUACCUCUGUGGGCUGCUCCUCUGACCCCCCCUGUGGCCAUGUGGCUCAGGGUGCUGGCGCCCCGUUGGACAGAGUAAAGGACCCCUCUCCGCACACCGCCGCAGGAACGCCUCAGGAAUCGACAGAUGCCAGUGUGUUGGCCUGCCACCGCCAAGCUGCCGGGCAGACCGCAGCCCCUCGCAGUGAGAGUCAGGAGCUUCCCAGACCCCCCUGCCAGGACAGUGAGCUGCCAGUGCUGCCCAGUGGUCCUGCUCCAGGGGGGCCCACCUGCCUCUCUGAACACCAAAUAGUGGAGUUAACAACAGCAGCUGAGAAAGGCGGGGGGGGGGAAGGAAUUUGGGGGAGUCCCACAGGAAAUACAACAGGUGUUCUGUGCCCACCGCCACUCCAGAGGGCCGCCCAGGCCUCGGAGGCUUGAAGAAGGCCCCAGAGAGAAGACUGCCUUGCUUUGUGGGAUGGGGUGGGAGCCCUCACCCCUCCCAGUUCCCCCAUCGUCUUUGGGGAUGGGGUGCUUUUCUUACUGCCCCCCAAGGACCCUGGGGGCUUCAGGAUGAGCGUAUGCUCCAAGUUGCUGGGGCUUUGGCUCUAGCUGCCAAGUGGCCUUGUUCCUCCUUGCCUGGCCUGUGUGUUAAGGCUAAGCCGUUUUCAUAUUCCUGACAUAAAUAAAUAUUUAAGAAGGUU